CCAGAAAAUAAAAAGAGAAAGGAGCUUGUGACUAUGCCUACUACUGAAAAAGUCAAGAAUGGAGUGCAGGGUGGAAAAUCAACACAAGGCUUGAAGAAGUCUAAGCCUACAAACAUGGAGGCAGAUGAACUUACAAGGAAGCUCGAAGCAAUUCGUAAAAUGAACAAGGACGUGUCAACAAGUCUAAGCCAAGAGCGGAGUUAUCCAAGUUCUACUCAACUCAGAAUCAACAUAGGGCAGCAGCAGAAUAUUCAACUCACAGAUGAAGAGACUCAAACAGAGUAAGAUGACACAACUUUGCCUUCUCCUGAAACUACCCCACAAAAUAGAAGUGCAAUGUUGGAGCAAGGAAUAUCAACAAAGGGUAAGAGGAUGCCAGGAGUAAAGGCUACAACAAUUGACGACUUCUUAAAGGAAAAUGGGAUAGAUGUGGAAAUUGAAGGACCAAGCACUGAACUAAGUGAGGACGGGGAAGAAAGCAUGGCACUUGAUAAAUACUAUUAUCAAGAUGUGAUGGAGGACAUUGAUGAUGAAGAAGGAGAGCCAAAGAAGAAGAAAACCCGUGGAAAAACAACUUGCAAGGAGAUUUAUGCAAGGACUAUGGAACAGCGGGAAGAAGUCACUUUUGAUCUUGGACAGCACGUAGGACCAACCGACCAAAGUGUUUCUAAUUUAACUAGUUUUGUUGGAACUAUUGGUAGAAAUAAAAGAUUCGUUAGUCUUUUGUACACUAGUUGGCAUGCUGUUCCUCCUAAAGCUAAGAAGUUCAUGUGGGAUUAUGUUAAUACCAAGUUUCUCCUCCCAGACAGUGGAAAAAAGUGGGUAAUGCAAGCGAUUCGAGAUGCUUGGAAGCGGUUCAAAGGAAGGAUUAAGCAAAAGCACUUCGUUCCCUAUGAUACUAUUGAAGAUAUGGUGAAGAAUCGACCCCCACAAGUACCAGAAAGUGGUUUCAUAAAAUUGAUCUAUUAUUGGAGUCAUCCUCUAAUCCAGGAUGCAACUGAUAUAACACUAAUUGUGGUGUGGACUACUUGGACCACAUCUGAAAUUUGCUUUUAG